UUCUACGUCAUCCCCCCGCGCGGCGUCGCCGCCGUCGCCCUGGCAACGCGGCCUAGUCGGCCGACAGAAGCCUCGGCCUUUCCUGCGCGAUGUUCUCCGACGCGGCCGUCGGCGCCGUGGACGUGGCCUCGGUGUGGCGGGCCGAGCGGGGAAGGCGCUGCGAGGAGAAAACCACCCAGACGGGCGCCGUCUCUGGGUCGGACGCCGCCACCCAGUCCCGCCGCGCCCGGGACGCCGGGGUCCAGACGGGCGAUGGGGCCGGGUUCGAGGGCCGGCCCCCAGUGGCGCCGGGGGCCGUGGAUUACUCCGGCCUGCUGGAAUUCCUCCAAGGAGUAGAGGAGCCGGUGUGCCGGGAGCUGGAGAAGAACUGGAAGAGCCACGCGUUUGACGGCUGGAGGGUGGAGUGGGCGGAGCCGACGGAGAGGAUCUCUUGCCUGCACAGCCUCUCCUACCCUCCGGCGCGGGAGCGAAAGCUCCACGUCACCGGGGUCUCCUGGAGUUCCACCGGCGCCGUGGUAGCCUGCUCCUACGGCAGAUUGGACGACGGCGACUGGGGGGCCGACAAAUCCUACGUCUGCGCCUGGAACCUCGACCGCCGGGCCCCCGACCCCCAGCGCCCCGAUCUCGUCCUGGACGCCCCCAGUGCCACUAUGGGGCUGGCCUUCCACCCGCGCCGCCCGUCCGUCCUCGCCGUGGGGCUGUUCAGUGGGGAAGUCCUGGUCUGGGACACCGGCCGGCCGGAAGACCCACUGAUCUGGAGGAGCGGCAUGACGGACGACUCGCACACGGACCCCGUGUACCAGGUGACCUGGCUCCCGGGUGACAAACAGCCCCGCCUCCUGAGCUCCUCGACUGACGGCAAGAUCCUCCUAUGGCAGGAGGGGAAUGACGGGCUCCUCGAACCCGUGGCCGGCUUCGCCUUGGCCCUGCAGCAGAUCCCCCGGGGGGCCAGGCCCAAGAAGAUUUCCCGUGGGGCCACGCUGCUGGGGGUCACGGCCCUCUCCUUCUCCCCCUUUGACCCCACGGUCUUCAUCGCGGGGACCGAAGGGGGCGACGUCCUCAAGUGCUGGGCGGGGGCCGAGACCCCCGCCGUGGGGCCGCACUUGGGGGGCGGCCUGCCCCUCAAGGCCCCCGCCCAGCUGGCCUUUGCGCCCCACGGCGGGCCCGUCUACUCAGUCAGCUGCUCGCCGUUCCACAGGAACCUGUUUUUGAGCGGAGGGACCGACGGCCAUGUUCACCUCUACUCCAUGCUGCAGGCGCAGCCCCUAGUAUCUCUGCAACUCUCCAAGAAGUAUGUUUUUGGCGUCAGGUGGUCCCCCAUCCGGCCCCUGGUCUUCGCCGCCGUUACUGGGGAAGGGGAAAUCCAUCUCUUUGACUUCGGCCAAAACUCCCAGAAGCCCUCGCUCUCCGUCCGUCAAAGCCCAGAGCCCGCCUACUGCCUGGAGUUCAACCCCAGGCGGGCUCAGCUAUUGGCCGCCGGGGACGGAGGGGGCGGGGUUAAAAUAUGGCAGCUGGGCGGGGAAUUCGGAGAGGAAGGAGGGAGGGAGAGGAGCCAGCUGGAGAUGCUGGCCAAUGAGGUGAGCGAUUGAGGGGGACACAACUCGACAACGCAACACAAGUCAACACAACUCAACACAAGUCAAUGCAAGUCAACACAAGUCAACACAACUCAACACAGGUCAACACAACUCAACG